CACUGACAGAUGUAAUUAUAAAGUUUUCGAUAAAUGUCCUAUUGUUUGCAUUACUAUUAUAAUGCAGACAACAAACUAAAAUAACAGACAUUUCACGCCGAAAGUGUUUUUUAUUAAAAUAGAAACACCAAAUUAUAAAGUGGCGAAUUUGGAUAUUUCGUACCAACAAGCUACACCUAUGAAAAACAUGCCGGUUGAGUUGAACAGCCUAACCGAGGGAUGGCUCGAAUUAGAGAGCGACCCGGGACUAUUUACAUUGUUAUUAGAGGACUUCGGGGUAAAAGGGGUCCAGGUAGAGGAAAUUUACGACCUUCAUAAACCCCUGGAAAGUCCUGUAUAUGGGUUUAUAUUCUUGUUCCGAUGGAUCGAAGAGCGUCGUUCACGCAGAAAGUUUGUCGAACAAAUUGAGAGUUUCGUUCGCGACGAAGAGACUAUAAACAAUAUAUUUUUCGCUCAACAAAUGGUCCCAAACAGUUGCGCCACUCACGCUUUACUGUCUAUAUUAUUGAACUAUCCUAAUCUCCAUUUAGGGGAAACACUAAGUAGAUUAAAGCAUCAUACUUUGGGCAUGAACCCUGAGAACAAAGGCUGGGCUAUAGGUAAUACACCAGAGUUAGCUUGUGCACACAAUUCACAUGCCAUCCCACAAGCCAGGAAGAAGGCAGAUAAGAGUGCUGGUGUGUCAACUGGGCGCUUCACAGGUGAAGCUUACCACUUUGUAAGUUUUGUACCAAUUAAUGGUCAUUUGUUUGAGUUGGAUGGUCUCAAACCGUACCCUACAGACCACGGACCCUGGGCCCCUGAUGAGGAUUGGACGGAUAAGUUCCGGAGAGUGAUGGCUGAGAGACUUGGCAGAGAUGCUGGAGAGCAAGUACAUGAUAUAAGAUUCAAUUUGAUGGCCUUUGUACCUGACAGACGAUUGGCAUUAACACAGAAACUCAAUGCACUUGAACUUAAUCAGAAAAGGGUUAAAGAAGCUAUUUCUAAGAUUGGGAAACAUUUGCGACAUUUACUAUCGAAACGCCGCGAAAUUAAUGAUCAAGGAGAAAUAAUAUCAGAAAGCAGUAAUGAGAACUCCAUGAAUGAAAACCUAGGUCAAAUUAGUGAAGAGACAAUACUGACUGCAUUAGAGUCAUCACAGUUGCAGAUCUAUGAUGUCGACUACACAAGGCCUAUUACCAUAGAGAUUGGAGCCAAUGAUCGGCCCCACCAAGACAACAGUAUUAUAUUAGUUGAUCCUGUAGAACAGGGUUCAGUUGUUAAAUUCGUUACAAUCAACAGAGACAAUCAAAUCGUUGGAGAUUUAUACCCUACCUCUAUCACAGCUCUAGUAAAGAGCAAUGACUCCCCUGUCCUGGUGUGUUGUGAGUCGGAACCAGAUCAGCCGAUCAAGCUGAGAAAGUUAUUACUAUCUCAUUCGGAACUCAAUGCUUUGAUGAGCAGCAUAGUCAAUGAAGUGCAGCAAUGCCAGCAGGCUCUUAAUGAUGAGAAUGAUAAAAGGGAUAUGUAUAAAGUUGACGACUGCCGCCGCACACACAACUACGACGAGUUCAUCUGUACGUUCCUGUCGAUGUUAGCGGAGCGCGGCGCCCUCGGCGAGCUGGUGGCCGCGCAGCUCGAACGCGGACGGUCAUCGCGGGCGCGUAGGCGAAGGCCUAGGCCACGCCCUAGAGCUAGGCCAAGGCCACGCCCCCGGGCGAGGAAGUAGAGGUUAGGUUAUGAGAUCCAACUAUAUAAGUAGAAUAAAUUAUCUGUAGGUUAUAAAAUGUAAGGUUGAAAUUUGAAAGUUUGAAAUUAUGAACAUUCUUAGUUCACUCCACUUAUUAGUAAUGUAAUGUUAAUGUAUUUGUACUCAGACAUUCAUAUUGUUGGUCGUAUAAAAUUACGAGAUAUUAGUCUAAAAGAAUAGGACUGUGCAACCUCGCUGGACGAAGUUACUUAUUCCUAAUUCUAUACUUGCCACUGAACUUGUUGAAGUAUAGUAUUAUUAUCACACAUGGUAUCCAUUUACAGCUUACCAUUUCGUUAUUUAUAAUAGUAUUUUAUCAGUAAAGCAUAAGGUUUAGUCUCUCAUUGUAUUAGUUAAUAAGAAGUAUUUACUAAGAAUCAUAAAUAAAACAAUUUUCUAAAAACGAUUUUUUAUUAUACUACGAACAGCGCCGUAUUUACAUGGUCAUCAUAUUGUUAAAGAAAUGUAACAACAACGAUUGAUUAUUG